AUGAGCAAUGAAUCGAAGAGCCCGCCCUCAUUUGCAUGGGUCGAGUAUGACCCGCGAGCAUUGAAGGAACGAAGAGCUCUGGGAGUGUACAAGCAACAACGGCGUGUUGUGCGGGCGCAUGUCGCGCACACGUCCUCGGGCGCCCGGCAAGCGACCAUCGCCCGCAAAACAUCCCUUGCCAAAGCUCUGGGGCCGAGAAAGGCCAUCAAAGCACCGAAACAGGCUGCAGAGGUAUCAGAGGCACAGGUGCAAGCGGACAAGGCAGCUCACGACUCGAUCACCCGUCUGUUUUCCAGACUGCGAUCUCAUGAUGCCCACGCCUUUGCCUCCCUGGCUCAGAAGUCUGACCGCAUCUUGCUCUGGAGCGCAUUCACCGGAGGCACUCUGUGUUUCGAGGCUGCAAUUUUCGUAGCUAGCACUCAUGCAAACACCUGCGGUAUCGCCCCACAUGAAUUGCAUACUGGCUUCGGCACUGGUAUGCUAUAUCUUCGAGGAGCUUUACUCGACAGCAUCCAGAAAAGCAUUAUCCGCACGCCGAGAGACGGGUUCAACUCGAUCUCACUUGCGCUUCUAGCUGGCUGGGAGCGCAGGUUCGGCGAUCACAGAUCCUACGAGAUCCACAUGAAGGCCUGGAAAAACUUGCCGCUGGCAGUCGGGUCGCUGGAAGAUAGCGGUAUUGCUGCACUGACCGAUGUAGCGAUGGUGUGCUUCCGGGAAGCGACGCAGGAACGAUAUGUCGCAGAGCUGGCAUUCUCGCUCAAUCGGUCAUCGAUAUACGGCACUGUACUCCCUGAAAACCUUCCACUCGGAUUCCACAUCGUGCCUGCCGACCGACCCGAGGCACUGAGUCUGUUAAGCACGGUGACCAACUGCGCGACUUUCGACUACACUGCCAAAAACUCCAUCGCGGGCUUUCGCAAACUCGUCAUAGAGACUAUGUCUUGGAACGCCAGCCAUUCUGUUUCCUCGACGCCUGACGUCAACUAUGAGGAUCAAUGGGACAGACUACAUUUAAACGCCUGCUACCAUAUUCGAUCUGCCAUGAUCUCUUCGAAUGCACCUGUUAUGGCGGCAUGCCUUCGUGCCCACAACGCCACUUGGGAGCUUGACGUGCAAGCUGGUAUCGAUGUUCAUGCCCAAUCAUGUCAACACCUGAGAACACAUGAACUGCUGGGCACGAAAUAUCACGACGUGGCGAUUUGGGCCAAGAUGACACUCAACAGCCAUGCGACACCUUCGCAAAGUGGAGAUGAGCACAUGAGCGCUUUGAUGAAACAUUCUGGCAUCAAGACUUGGGAGCAGAUGGAAUCAUUGCUCAAGAGAUUUGUCUAUAGGGAAGAGUUGUCAAGUUCAAAGUACCGCAGAUUGUUUGGUGCACUUUAG